AUGUGUUCAACGGCUGUUUUUGGCCUUUUGGUGCUGUUUUUGGGCAAUCUUGUUCAUGCGAAGGCGGUUCUGGAGGACUGUAAGCAUACUGUAGUCUUGCAAAAAAAAUGACAAAAGUUUUCAUCCAUUUGUCACAAAUAAGAUUUAUUUUCAGUUUUCAAGCCCGGCAACGAGUUGUAUUGCGAUGAUGAUGACCGCGAACACAACUAUAUGAACCUCGCCAAACGCUCCAAUUGGAAGCCAAAUUAUCAAAUCGAUUGGGCUGUCAUGUGCUAUGGAGCCGCUGGCGAGGAUGAUGAGCUGCCAUUAAAAACGCUCAAGGGGAUUUACACCCAAUCGGCGAAGAAUCUACGGAAGGCGGCGCCGAAAUUGGAGGAUAUCGAGUUUUGGCAUUCGCAGACUUUCGAAGCCACAAAUUCGACGGAAGAAGAGGUGAGAAAGUCGCGGUUUUUGAGAAAUACUAACCUAGUAGAGCCUAUACUUAUUUUCUAACUUGUUUUACUUCAAUCUUAAUCAUUGCACAGUGCGAAACCAAAAAAAAUUUUGUUGCACUGUGCGAAAUUUAAAAAAGUCAAAAUUUCUUUUCGCAAUACAGUAACCUAAAACUUUAAAGUAGGACAAGAUAAUCUUCGUCUCUUCUAAAACACACAUGGCCAUUCAAUUUUGCCAAAAUUUUCCAAUGCACAGUGCGAUAACAGAUUUUUUGUUCGCUGCACAGUGCAGCGUUAAAAAGAAGUGAAGUUGCACGGCGAAUCCGUGAAAUGUUUUUAUGACUGUUUAUGUAGCGAUCAAGGAUCACGUUGAAGAGUAGAAUAGACUUGUUGUCGCUUUGAACAACUCUUUCUCCGCACUGUGCAAAAAAAGAAAGUUUAUUUCGCCGCACAGUGCGAACAAAAUUGAUGGGAAAAUUGCACUGUGCAAUGAAAUUUUUAAAUUUUUUUUGUUGAUUUUUCGUUUCAGCGGUCGAUAAAAAAUUUAAAAAAAUUUUUUUUAAGUGUUUUUACAAAUUUUACGACCAAUUUUUUCCAGAUAAUCCACCUUUGCCGCACGGUGCAAAAAAAAGUAAUGCAAAAAUUGCACAGUGCAAUGAUUUUUGUCGAUUAUUGGUUUCAGCGGUCGAUAAAAAAUUUUGAAAACAUUUUUUUUUUCUUAAUUUUACAAAUUUUCCGACCGAUUUUUUUCAGAUAAUCCGCCUUUUCCAAGCCCAAUUUAUCCGCUCCAUGGCCGAAGCGCAACUGAUCUCGAAUUCCGUGCACAACCAGGGCUUCAACGUCUCCAAAAUCGUGGCCCAAUACCUGAUCCAGGUCACCGACUGCACCAACACCUCGUCGGCGCGCUGCAGCGACCCCAUUGGGAUUCUGCGCCGCUCGUUUCGCAAUCUGAACCCCAAAAUCACGCAUUUCGAGGCGUUUCUGCGGCGGGACCUGCGCGGCGGCGUGGAGUUCGACUUUUUCGCGACGUAUUUGGUCACGAUGCGCUCGCGGCGCAUCUUCUCCGGCCUGAAGGGGCUGAGUUUCGCGCAGGGCGAGGAGAAUUUCAUGCAGUUUGAGCUGUUCCGGAGGGGUCUUUUCCGAUGA